UUAACUCCAAUCCAACCACCUUCCUCAUGGGCCAAAUUAAAAGCCUCACCUGUCACCAGACCACCCCUUCUAACUCAAACCCACCUGUCAGACUUGAAUUUCACACCUAUUUCUCCUGAUUAUAUUCAUUAUCAUCAACUUUCAAAAAAGUUGGUCUAAAGAAUGGUGAAGAAAAUGAGAGUUUCGUCUUUUGCUAAGUUCAGCUUGUUCAUGGUGUUGUUGUGUGUUGUGUGUGGUUUGAUUGGUGAAGUUGGUGGGGAUUCAUUGGGGGACCAGUGCGCGGACAACUUUCAGAAGGUGACGACGUGCCUGACGUUCGCGACGGGGAAGUCGGAUACGCCGACGAAGGACUGUUGCAAUGCUGUGACGGAUAUCAAAGCCAGCAAGCCCGUGUGCCUGUGUUAUGUCAUACAACAGAUGCACAACGGCUCUAACUCACAGCUCAAGAACCUUGGAAUUAAACAGGAUCGCUUGCUUAAGCUACCUUCUACCUGCAAGCUGGCUAAUGCCAGCAUCAGUGACUGCCCAAAGCUUCUAAACAUACCACCAAGCUCUCCAGAUUAUGCCAUCUUCACCAACAACACUGUGUCGGCGACUCCCAUUCCCACCACAGGAACAUCAUCACCGGCUACAGCUGAUGGGUCAAAUGGGUUUAAGUAUGGACCCCAAUUCGCAGGGUCUACGGCCAUUGCUAUUGCCAUUUUCUUCUACACAUUCCCAGCAGGUUUUGUGUCAGCAUUUCACAAAUGAGAGUGACAGGUUCACCCAUCAUCAUCAUGUGUAAUGAAACUACACUUCUUUUGCUUUUAUUUUGAUGUUUUCUUAACUUCAUGUAUGAUGUUUUGCGGAAUUAUUAAUCACCCAAGUUUUUAUUAGUAGCCCCAGUGUAUUUUUAUCUUAUGAACAAGUAUUUUGAUAGUUGCAGUGGCUUCAACUAUCAUGCCAAAUUCUUGUUGCCUUGGUUGAAUUGGGCUUUUGAGUCUCAGAUACGUCUAUAAUAUUUUGAUGGAUCGCGUCAGUGACUUGAAAAAGAUUGAAGGGUGCUAAAAAUUAG